AUGGUAUCGUCAUCGUCGUUCGUCGUUGCGCUUUUGGCAUGGGUCUCGCUGGCUCAGGCAGCUACACACACGUUCAACUGGACCACAGGCUGGGGCACGCACAAUGUUGAUGGUAAUAAGGAAAGACCUGUGAUCACGUGCAAUGGGGAGUUCCCAUGGCCAAACAUCAAGGUCCAGAAGGGCGACCGUAUCCAGGUGUACUUGAAGAAUGGGUUUGACGACAGGAACACGUCUCUCCACUUCCACGGGUUGUUCCAGAACGGAACAAGUAUGAUGGAUGGUACAGAGAUGAUUACACAAUGUCCUAUUGCGCCAGGUGACACAAUGCUGUACAACUUCACUGUGGACGACAAUGUGGGCACAUACUGGUACCACUCGCACACUGGUGGUCAGUACCAGGACGGUAUGAAGGGUACCUUGGUUAUCGAGGACACCAAGCCAUACCCAUACGAUUAUGAUGAGGAAGUGGUGGUGCAAUUGGCGGAAUGGUACCACGAUGUCGUUGAUGUGUUGGACAAGAAGUUCAUGUCCGUGUACAACCCAACCGGUGCUGAACCAAUCCCUCAGAAUUUGAUCAUCAAUAACACCAGGAACUUGACCUGGGAGGUCAAGCCAGAUACCACCUAUCUGUUGAGAAUUGUCAACACUGGUGGUUUCGUGUCGCAGUACUUCUGGAUCGAAGACCACGACUUGGAAGUCGUGGAAGUGGACGGUAUCAUGGUCGAAAAGAACACCACGUCGAUGAUUUACAUCACCGUCGCACAACGUUACACCGUCUUGGUUCACACCAAGAAUGACACCUCCAAGAACUUCGCCAUCAUGCAGAAAUUCGACGACACCAUGUUGGAUAAGAUUCCAAAGGACUUGGAAUUGAACGCUACCUCCUACAUGAUGUACAACAAAGACGCCGACAAGCCAAAGGAGAACUUUGUGGACUCCUUGGACGACUUCUUGGACGAUUACUACUUGACUCCAUUGGACAAGGUCGAGCUUUACGAUGACCCAGAUUACACUCUCACCGUCGACGUCGUUAUGGACAACUUGAAAAACGGUGUCAACUACGCUUUCUUCAACAACAUCACUUACACCGCCCCAAAGGUCCCAGUCUUGAUGACUGCUUUGUCUGCUGGUAAGGACGCCGUGAACUCAUUGGUGUACGGUACAAACACUAACUCGUUUGUCUUGAAGAAGGACGAAAUCGUCGAAAUCAUCUUGAACAACAACGAUACCGGUAAGCAUCCUUUCCAUUUGCACGGUCACGCUUUCCAAGUCAUUAACAGAGACCGUCCAUACGAUGACGCUAUCGGUGAAGGUCCAACCCCAUUCGACCCAGAACACCACGCUCCAUUCCCAGAAUACCCAAUGAUCAGAGACACCGUUUACGUUAACCCACAAUCCAACAUGGUGUUGCGUUUCAAGGCUGAUAACCCAGGUGUCUGGUUCUUCCAUUGUCACAUCGAAUGGCAUUUGAAGCAAGGUCUUGCCUUGGUCUUUGUUGAAGCUCCAGAAGAGAUUCAAAAGACCGCCUCCCAACAAUUGACCGAAAACCACAAGAACGUUUGUAAGAACGUUGGUGUAGAGUACGUCGGUAACGCUGCCGGUAACAAGGACGAUUUCCUAAACCUAAAGGGUGAAAACGUUCAACACAAGAACGUGCCAAAGGGUUUCACCAAGAGAGGUAUCGUCGCCAUGUUCUUCACCUGUUUGUCCGGUGUCCUCGGUUUGAUUGUUCUUUCCAUUUACGGUUUGAUGGGUAUGGGCAAGGACGAAGAAGAAUUCAUUAAGGACCUAGGUCUGAACCCAGAAGUUGUCGAAAAGGUUGACGUUGGUGAAAUUGUCACCGAUGAAGAAUCUUCUGAACCAUCCAAGCACAACUAA